AUGUCCACCCAGCCUGAGGCGACUGAUGAACAUGCAUUGCAGCUUCCAUCGCCCGCGGUAGCAGCGGCGCGCCAGGCUGCAUCUCCGGGAGAUGCGCCUGAGGAACGCAAUGCUGAACAGGACGAGGAGGACGAAGACGAGGAGGAGGAUGAAGAGCCCAAGCUGAAGUAUGCGAAACUAACUGGGAGCCUCACCGGUGUGUAUCGGAAUGGCGACUCAACCAGUGCAUUCGCCGUGGCUGGCGACAAGAUGGUCAUGGGCACUCACAACGGAAGUGUGCAUGUACUGGGCCUGCCUGGACUGCAAGGCUUGAGGAGCUGGCGAGGACAUAGUGCGACCAUUACGAGCAUAUCUGUAUCGCCUGUUCCGCCGCCACCUACCGUGAUUCGCAGUGACAAAGGUGAGAUCUCUAUACUCUCGCCCGGAAGUCCAGCACCGUCGAUUCGAGAGCAACCACGUUCUACAACCGGAGCUUCGGCUACUGCCCGCCAGCAGAAACAACAGCAGAGCCCUGCGCCGAGUGUACCGAACACACCUAACAAUCAAAUCUACGUGGCUACGUCCUCGUUGGACGGCCAUGUCUGCAUCUCCUCCCUGAUCGACACCAAGGACGUUCAGUUGCGGAAUUUCGCAAGGCCAGUCAACGCAGUAUGCCUGAGCCCGGACUACAAGAACGAUCGCACUUACCUGUCUGGGGGUUUGGCAGGUCAGCUGAUUCUGACGGUGGGCGGCAAAGCUGGAGUAAGUGAAGAUGCCAACACAAGCUCGACCGCAGCAGCAGCUUCAGGAUGGCUCGGCACUCUCACAGGUGGCCUAGCGGGCGGUGGCCAAGGCAAAGACACAUUGCUUCACUCUGGAGAAGGCCCUGUCGGCAUGAUCAAGUGGAGUACGAGCGGUAAGUGGGUGGUUUGGGUAAACGAGGAAGGUAUCAAGAUCAUGAGAAGCCAUCUUCGGCUAGGGAGCGAGAAUUCGGAAGACGCCUGGAAGCGGAUAGCGCAUGCCGGUAAGCCGAAUAAGAGGAGCUGGACCGGAAUGGCUGCGGUGUGGAAGGCAAGAUGCGAGUGGAUCAACGAACAGAGGCUGCAAGAAGAUUACAUUGGCUCAGACACGUUAAGCACGGCAAACGGUCCUAGUAACGGUACGAGCACUGCCACAUUGAAAAGAGAAAACAAGGUUGAGAAGCUCGUUGUUGGCUGGGGCGACACAGCCUGGCUGCUCCAUGUCCACGAAGGCGGCAGAUCUCACUCCGGCACUCGCCAGGUUGGAAGUGCAGACAUCAUCCAUAAGUUGCAGUUCCGCGACUGCCUCAUAUCUGGUAUCUCGCUCUAUACUCCAUCGCUGGUGGCAAUUCUAGCAUACCGUACCCGCGACGACGAUGACAAGCCGAUUGAUAACAGUGAUACUCCGAGCAAAGGUGGCCGUCAGCGCAACCGGCGAACAGGCCUAGCACCGCAGCUUCGGCUGGUAAAUAUUAAAGAUGGAGAAGAGGUUGAUCUGGACGAGCUUUCCAUUUCGCGAUUUGAGACGCUCAGUGCGCAGGAUUACCAUCUCUCUACCAUAUACAUACCUCGACCGGUGCCAGAGAAAUUGCUUCGCGAGUCAGGUAAAGGCGCAUUGCAGGCUGUUUGGGAGGCCAGCGGUGGAGGUUACGCAGAACGGCUGUUCUCGUCGUCAGCGUCCGUCAUGAGCGGGAGCAGUUCUGGCAAGGAUGAAAAGUCUGCAGGUCUGCCUUCGGUAUCAAGUCCAAAGAGUAGUAUGCAAGGCGUUCUCGCAGCGCACACGACCAGUCGGGCUGUGGACGCUCACCCAUUCAUGGAAGCUCAGGGCUUAAAGCUUGUCAUUCAGAGCCCGUACGACUGCGUGCUGGCUAUCAAGCGCGACCAAGCUGAUCAACUGGAGUGGCUGCUGGAGCAUGAACGCUAUGCUGAGGCUUGGCUACUAAUUGACAAGCACCCGCAGAUUGUGGACACAGCAGACCGACAGACCUGGACUAAUGAUUCAGAGCCAGCGUCACCUUCAGGAGCGGAUCCAAGUACUUUGGCAGACUUCUUCGCCGAUGGAUCAGACACACAGUCGAGCGUCAUUGGUGCGCCUGGCUAUCACGCGACAAGUCAAAAGGAGAAGCGACGCAUCGGCGACCGUUGGCUGCAGCAACUGAUAGCUGCAGGAAAUUGGUCGGAAGCAGGCCAAGUGGCUGGUAAAGUGCUCGGCACGAGCUCACGAUGGGAGCACUGGGUCUGGACAUUCGCGCAAGCCAGUAAAUUCGACGAGAUCACACCGUACAUACCGUCAACACAACUCAAGCCACCUUUGCCAAGUCUAGUAUACGAAGUCGUGCUCGGCCACUAUAUUCAGGCUGAUCGGACCAGGCUGAGGCAGCUACUUGAAAGCUGGGAUCCAAAGCUGUUCGAUGUGAAGAGCAUCAUUACAGCAAUCGAAAGCAAGCUACGAUCUGGCGAGGUCACCGAGAAGACUUACGAGGAUGGCGAGAAGGGACGUGACUGGCGCAUACUAAUGGAAGCACUUGCGAAGUUAUAUCUUGCUGAAGGUCGAAGCCGAGAAGCGCUAAGAUGCUACAUACGAACACAAAACGCAGAUACUGCCAUGGAACUCAUCAGAGAAGGCGGCCUGCUUGAGGCCGUUGGCGAGGAUAUUCCGGGUCUACUUAUGCUGCGGGUCAGUGCAGAGCAAUUGCGUAGCUCGCCACCUUUGGAGCUUGAAGAAGCCAGUAGCGAAGCUGUACAACUGCUUCGUGAGGAAGCACAUCGCGGCACCAUCCCACCCGCAACAGUCAUCAGGCAGCUGGAAAAGCAGGGCCCACCAUUCCAGCUUUUCCUAUACUUCUACCUAAAGGCUUUGUGGCAAGGUCGGCCAGAUCAGGAGCAGGUAGCACCUCGUCGCAAAUGGGAUCCGCUGAUCGAAGAAGGCCAUGCACUUGUGAACGAUCACGCUGACCUUGCACUUCGACUUUUCGCUGAGUACGAUCGCGAUCUGCUUAUGACAUUCCUACGCGCCAGCGAGAUGUAUAGUUACGAGCGCGCCGCUAGUAUUUGCGAACAGAGGCACUACAUUCCUGAGCUGGUCUAUAUCCUAUCAAAGACAGGACAAGCCAAGCGUGCGCUUUCUCUGAUCAUCGGCGAACUAGGUGACGUCAAGCAAGCCAUUUCCUUCGCCAAAGAGAACGGCGAGCUCUGGGACGAUCUACUAGACUACUCCAUGGGUCGACCGCGUUUCAUACGUGGUCUCCUGGAAGAGGUCGGCACGGCUAUCGAUCCGGUCAAGAUGAUCCGCCGGAUACCUGAAGGACUGGAGAUCCCCGGCCUAAAAGACGGCAUACAGUCAAUGGUCAGAGAGUACGAGAUUCAGUACUCAAUCAGUGAAGGUGUCGCCAGAGUCUUGCGUGGUGAGGUCGCUGUGGGUAUGGACACCCUACGAGCAGGCAGGAAAAAAGCUGUGAGGUUCGAAGUCGUGCACGGGCGGCAUGGCGCUGAAGAUGUUGAUAUUGCGGCGAAGGACGUGCCCACCAAGGUGCCGAAUGGUGAGGUUCUACCCGUGGCGAAGCGCAAUGUCAUGAUCAAACGGGUGAAGCCUGGGCAUUGCGUCGGAUGCGGUGAUCCAUUCAGCGAGGAAGAUACUGCCGAUGAGAAGUCCAUUGACAGGCUGAUUGAUCAGCUGGGCUAUGACGAUCGAGAGCAGAGCUACGGUACACGUAGUGUGGGUGCAAAAGUCGCACACGCGCACUUGAUCAACAAUGUCGUGAAAGGCGGCUGUCAACACUGCAUCAUACCCGAUGGUGCAUAG